AUGGCAUCUACUGAGAAUUUCAACAAAGCUCUCGUUCCCUUCAAGUACGAACUUUGUCCAUUGGGUGCAAUCAAACCCAAUGGGUGGUUUCGCGAUCAGCUUCGACUGAGUGCCAAAGGUCUGGGAGGGAACUUAUUCCUUUUUUAUCGAUUCGUCAAAGAGAGCACCUGGCUUGGAGGAACAUGGGAGUACACCCCCCUGAACGAAGCUGCACCAUACUGGUACAAUUACAUCGUUCCGCUUGCGUAUAGUUUGGAUCGAGAUUCUGACCCGCAGCUGUUCUUGGACUUGAAGAAGCAAGCGGACUACUUCUUGGACUACACGCUUGAGCAUCAAGCCGAAGAUGGCUGGCUGGGUCCGGAAACUACAUCACAUACCCGGGGAAUAUGGGCGCGCUGUUUGCUGCUUCAGGGGCUCAUGAAUCAUGCCAUCGCGGAUUCCUCAAGACGUGCAACGAUCCUAGAAGCCGUCUUGCGUUUUGUGAGGCUGGUUCGCAAAAUGCUCAAGAACAACUACCAGGGUUACAUUCCACAGAAGGAUGAUGUCUUCGACUUGCAACUUUUUGGGGUCGCUAGAGCUCAUGAACUAGCUCUUACACUUCAGUGGCUCUACGAUCAGCCCGAAAGCUCCAGUGAUCGUCACGGCAUUUGGGAAGUUAUGGACAUGUUGUGGCAAGGCUCUCGUAUCAUGGACAGAGAUUGGACGAAAUUCUUUGGGGAAGGCUUUCCCAAGACGCCUUCAGUCCGCUACAAGUCUCUGAACUUCAAGCACGGAGUCAAUGUUGCACAAGGCCUUCGAUACCCGGCUCAUUUGUACCGGAUGGAACCGUCUUACGAUCUCGCAUCUCUUUGUAGAGAUGCUGUUAAGAAGACCUUCGAUUACCAUGGCACAGCUGCAGGGUCGAUCAGCAGCGAUGAGUACAUCGGCGGGCUUUCGCCGCAGCGAGGCUCCGAGCUGUGUUGCUCUGUGGAACUAAUGUUCUCGAUCUCCUACCUUUACCAGCUUUUCGGAGACAACCACUUCGCCGAUAUGGUAGAGUCAGCAGCCUUCAAUGCCGUACCUGCUGGUAUCAGUGCAGACUGGUGGAGUCAUCAGUAUAUCACACAGGUCAACCAGCCCUGGGCCAAAGAGCUGGAGCUUCCAGGGGAUGAGAAAACACCAUUCUAUGACGUUUGCCGGUACGCAAAUGUCUUCGGGCUAGAACCCGAGUUUCCUUGCUGCACAGUCAAUCACCCCACUGCUUACCCUAAGCUCUUGAUGAAUGCGUUCCUCUGGAAACAGACCUCGGAAGGGAUGACAUCCAUCUUGCAUGCCUAUCUUAUACCAUCCAGACUGGAAACUCAGGAUAUCACGAUCAACUGCGACUCAAACUACCCAUUUGCUCCGUGUGCGCUGCGUUAUACCAUCUUCACUAGCAAGCCAUUUGAGUUCUUGAUCAGAGUUCCAGCUUGGGCCUCUCCGUCUUCUACAGUCGAGUUCAAGGACUCAGCUUCGCUUGCUUCAGCGAAGCCGCAGCCAUUCAUACAAAACACAGAGGACAGCAGCGGCAAUGUUCACAAGAUUGACAUACCCGCGGCCGGCGACUUUGAUGUGUUCGUCACGAUCCACGCGGAGGUUCGCAUCCAGAAGCAUGAGAAUGGCUCAGUCAGUAUUCACUAUGGACCCUUGCUUUACGCAUACGAGAUCGAAUUCAAAACCGAGAUCAGACUUCCACGCAAUUACAAAGACCAGGCUUCAGACUGCACCGAAAUCUCUUCCGUAGGCGACCGAGAUGAGGAGCCAUGGAUGACACAUACCCGCGAUAACGACUACCUGCCAACUGCUGACUGGAAAAUUGCCAUCGAUCCAACACAGAGUGUUGAUGUCGUAGUACGCAAGGGCCCUUGGGAGAAGGAAUGCGACAGGAAAGUUUCAGAACUUCCCGAUCCUUUGUGGAAUUCGGGAGCAUCUCCUGUGUAUCUUGAGGUCUCUGCUGCUUGGGUCAGCUGGCCAACUCGGAACGGAACUGCAGCAGACCCUCUCGAUGUAGAGAGGAAGAUUCAAAGUCAGCCUUUCAGAGCGAAGUUAGUGCCAUACGCAACUGCGAAGCUUCACAUAGCACAGUUCCCUGUCAUAGAUGCUGCAUCAUGA